GUAUACCCCAACUGGAAAGAAGAUAACCGAAUUAUCAACGCCUUCCGCAAUAUAAAUUCAACGCCUCGCCAUUCCAGAACUUCUUGAAUCCCCAGGCCUGUCUGGUUCACAAGUUCGACCACAUAUCCCACAUCGCCCUCCGUCUUCAUCAUGUCUAACGUUCCGAUGUCUGAAGAUCCACCCAAAACGGCCUCUGUUAGCAAUGAUACGAAGCAUGUCUUGAACGUGACCACCGAAGACGGCGAUGAUGCUCUUCGUGCUGUUGGAGACGCUUUCCAAUUAGCAGAGCCCUUGUCACCUGAAGAUGAUCGUCGUAUCCUUCGAAAGGUGGACUUAUGCCUGGUCCCGAUACUUUUUCUGUCGUAUCUAUUCCAGUACCUGGACAAGCAGGCGAUGGGAUACAGCGCUAUCCUAGGCCUGCGAAAGGACUUGCAUCUAGUAGGACAAGACUAUUCCUGGGCGAGCAGUUUAUUCUACUUUGGAUAUCUGUCCGCUUCGGGCAUUGUGGCUCUUUUGCUGGUUCGUCUGCCCAUCGGCCGCUUCAUGUCAGCUUCUAUGGCCGUCUGGGGUGCAAUCCUCAUGUUGGCUGUCCUAUGCCAGAAUGCAUCCGGCUUGUGGGCAGCGCGCUUUUUCCUAGGCUUUGUCGAGUCCAGCAUUGCACCGUCUAUGAGCCUCAUCAUCUCCAUGUGGUACAAACGGUCUGAACAACCUAUUCGCCAGACUGCUUGGUUCAUGGGCAAUGUAACGGGAGGAUUGUUUGGUGGCGUUCUCGCGUACGGAAUUGGCCAUGCUAAGCAUCUUGCUCCCUGGAAGGCACUUUUCUUGCUCUUUGGUGGUAUUACCUUCGUUUGGUCCAUUUUUUGCUGGUUUGCGAUUCCAGACAGUCCCAUCGGAGCUUGGUUCUUGUCCAAGGAAGAUCAGGUGAAGGCCAUUGAGCGCGUCCAGGAUAAUCUUACGGGUAUUAAAAACCACCAUUUUAAGAGAUAUCAGCUUGUGGAAGCGUUUUUGGAUCCCAAGACCUGGCUACUAGCCCUGUUCCAGUUCACUCAAAACGUUCCCAACGGAGGUGUCGGCUCGUUUGCCUCGAUCGUCGUGGAAGGCUUUGGCUUCACCACACUCGAUACUCUUCUCGUCCAGAUGAUUGGUACUGGUUUCCAGGUGGUAUUUGUUUUGAUGACUGCCUAUGGUAGCACGUACCUGAAGAAUACGCGCACUUGGUGGAUGACAUUCAACACUAUCAUAGCGCUUAUCGGAACCGUGAUGAUUCGGCAGAUCGACGCAGCACACAUCUGGGCUCGCUUUAUGGGAUAUUGUCUUAUCAUUGCCUUCUCCGCCAACUUCCCUAUGACCAUGGCGAUGAUCACAAGUAACACGGCUGGGUUCACCAAGAAAUCAACUGCGACGGCAAUAGUAUUUGUGGCAUACUGUGUGGGAAAUCUCGUCGGCCCCCAGAUCAUGUUUGCCCGUGAAGCGCCUAGCUAUGCUUCCGGAUUCGCCGGAAUGCUUGUCUGCUUUGCAGCCUCGGCCAUUAUCUGUGUUGUACUCCGGUUCUACCUCAUCUGGGAGAACAAAAAGCGAGACGCUCUUGGAGACGUUCCGGAGAUUGUUGAAAUUGAUGGCAUUCCGGUGCCAGUCGGUUCGUUGAAUCUCAUUGACAAGACGGACCGUGAGUUACACCAAUUCCGCUACGUUUAUUAAUUGUAUACAUAGUGGACCUACGCAAGUCAAGGCCUACAGUCAGUAGGGCCUGUCUGCCCACUAUUUCCAUCUCAGUGCCAUAGUCUUCAAGUGUCUUUUUGUGCACCAGUAUACUGUGCACAAAAGCCACUACGCAGUUCAUCCUUAUAUACCUAUUCUAGCCUACGAAUAUACUGUAUC